CAAGAUCUCACUUCAGUCCAAAAUUUAUAUAUAUAUUAUUUCAAUUGUCAGAGCCCACACUCUCACAACGUUCCAACAUGUUCAUUCCUAAGUCGUCCUUUGAAGUCUUAGAAGACACCAAGCCGGACGAUGUCUCACUUCCUGCCUUCAUGGUCUCAACGACUCGGGGUUUUCUGGCACGUAUGGAUCCUCUUGUAACUCUCCCCCCUGAAUUUGAGCCGGUCGAAACUCUGCUUCAAGAAAUGCCUGUCCAGACCCAGUCAGGCAAGCCUGGACUGCUUGCCACUGGCCAGCUGGGUGAUACCGUACUCAAAACUCUUCCAGACCUGACCGAACAAAUCGAAAAAUACCAUGAUAACCUUCCCAUGAUGAAUGCCCUCUAUCGUGAUUACUCAUUCUUGGCAUCGGCGUUUCUUCUAGAGCCAUGUCACAUGAGGUUCAUCAAGGGCGAGCCAUAUGGACUAGGGAGAUCUUUCCUUCCUGCUCAAUUGUCUCGACCUAUUGUCCGCUGUGCUGAGCUAGCUGGAUUCAAACCGUUCAUGGAGUACGCGGGUUCAUAUGCCCUUUUUAACUAUCGCCUUCAGAAUCCAGAUGCGGGUCUUGAGUACUCUAACUUGCGCCUGAUACGGGCCUUUGAGCACGGUUUGGAUCCUGCCUCUUCUGAGGCCGGCUUCGUAUUGGUGCAUAUUGACAUGGUAAAGAACUCGGGCCCCUUAGUUAGCGGCACGAUGUCGUGUCUGCGGGCGCUUGAUAAUUCUGAAGGAGUUUCAGCCUUGCAACAGAGAACGUCAUUUAAUGAAGGUCUGCGUACCGUCGUAGAUGCGAUGAAGAAAGUCAAUGGCGUAAUGGAAACCAUGUGGAUGAAAUCUAAGCCGCGGUCGUAUACGAGCUUUCGGACUUUCAUAUUUGGCAUCACAUCUCAGUCCAUGUUUCCCGACGGUGUUGUUUACGAGGGCGUCAACGACGGCAAGCCUUUAAGCUUUAGGGGCGAGAGUGGCGCCAACGACACCAUGAUCCCAUUGAUGGACAAUCUUCUUCAGAUCGAGAUGCCUGAUACGCCUCUGACUGAGAUCCUAAAGGAUUUUAGAGAUUAUCGCCCAAGUAACCACCGCCAGUUCCUUGCCGAGGUGAAGAGGUGCUCGGAAGAACUACACGUGAAAGAGUUUGCUCUAGCUAUUGGUGCGGAACACAACUCGACAAUAGGAAGUGAACAUCGAGAACUAAUAAAAGAGUCUCGACGCCUUUGGCUCCACGCUCUAAACCAAGUUCGAGACUUCCGGUGGCGGCACUGGUGCUUUGCCCGCGAGUACAUUCUCAAGCAGACCUCGCAUCCCACAGCCACGGGAGGUAGCCCAAUCGUAACUUGGCUUCCAAAUCAACUGCAAGCUGUUAUGGAGGAGAUGACAGAGAUCGCCAACAGCGUCGGCGCGCGAACUGGAUCUAUGGAACUUGGGUCGGAACACCGGGACAUCAUGGACCUUGUUGACCGGCAGAACCAAAGCUUGCAGAAGGAAGUAGAGAAAUAUUGUAGAGAACGUGGUGUGACUGCUCAUUAUACAUAAGUCGUAUAGACUGUACUCCUCUGUAGGAGUUGGGACAGACGACGUACUUGAUCCCCUAAACAGAACUCUACCUGGGUAGCUUUUUAGAGUCUUACGAAGAUCUAGUUUAUACAUUACGGGAACUUGUAUUAGCCCCAAAGUAUAACGGGUUAGUAGUAAGUAUAAAGUAUAAUUCCCUCG